AUGAACCUCAACACCAAGUAUGGGCCUACGCCGACGCUACAGGCCCAGCAGAUACUUCUCCAGCAGCUACAGGGCCAGGGAGGGGAGUACGAUGUCUACCAGGGUCCCCAGCAGCCGCCGGGAGUCCAGCAGCGCCCGCAACAGCAGUUUAUGCCCAUGCAACAACAACAACCUCAAACCCAGCAACUGCAACAGCAAAUGCGCCCGCCCCUGUUCUACCGGAUCACUGUCGACAACCCCCAGCUGGUGUAUUGGCAGCACCAGCAGCAGUUGGCCAACAUCUCGCGCAACAACAACAUCCCCCACUACUACGCCCGCCAGUUCGCCCUGAACUCAAGGAAAAAGAAUAACCCUUACCAGGAUAAACUGGUGCUGCUUGUCGACGCCACCAAGCUGGCGGUGAACGCGUUGGACGAGCAGGACGACGCCAGUAAUGUCCUGCUGGCGCCGGCGGCGCUUUUACAACAUAAGAAGCUGGUGGAGGCCGAUGAGGAGCAGCGAAUGCGACAAAAGAACGACGGGCCCCAGUUAUGGUGUCAGCUUGACCUCAGUGGCCAGGGUUUGGUCAAUUUGCUGCCGAAGUUGUUCCACUAUAACUUCUUGGAGCUGUUAUACUUGAAUAACAAUAAGUUGACGGUGGUGCCCGCGGCGAUUAAGAAGCUUAAAAGCUUACGGGUGCUUGACCUCUCGCAUAACCGGUUGACGGAAGUGCCUCCUGAGUUGGGGUUGUGCUUUAAUUUGCGGUACUUGUACCUUUUUGAUAACCAGAUCAAGACAUUACCUAACGAGUUUGGUAACUUAAUCGAACUUUUAUUCUUAGGGGUGGAAGGCAACCCCUUAGACCCCAAGUUCGCCAAUAUCCUCGCCGAACACGGCACCAAGGACUUGAUACAGUUUUUGCGUGAUCAACGGCCCAACUUCGGCCCGCCGACGCCGCGGCAGUGGUACGUGCUUGAGGACGAGGAAGUUGUGGACCCGCUGUCGGCCCCGACCAAAUACCAGGGCGAGCCGUCGCUGGAGAGCCCCGACACGUUCACGAUGACGCUGUACAACACGUUGUGCCAGCACUACGCCACGCCCAAGAUGUACAAGUACACGCCGCUGUGGGCGCUCAACUGGGAGUUCCGCCGCAACCAGCUUAAGGAAGAGGUGUUGCGGUUGGGGCUGGACUUGUUGUGCAUGCAAGAAGUCGAGGCUCGCACCUACACCGAGUUCUGGGUGCCGUUGAUGCGCGACUUGGGCUACCUGGGGGUGUUUUUCAACAAGACGCGGCUGAAGACCAUGAGUGAACAGGAUUCGAAAAAGGUUGACGGCUGCGCCACGUUUUUCCGCACCUCUAAGUUCUCGUUGCUCUCGAAGCAGAACUUUGAGUACAACCUGGUGUGCAUGGGGCUGGAGAAGUACAAGAAGACUAAGGACUUGUUCAACCGGUUCAUGAACAAGGACAACAUCGCCCUCAUAACCCAGUUGCAGCACGAGCCCCUGGGGGAAAAGCUUGUCGUGGUCAACACCCACUUGCACUGGGACCCGGCGUUCAACGACGUCAAGGCGUUGCAAGUCGGGGUGUUGCUCGAAGAGUUACAAGGGAUUUUGAAGAAGUUCUCCCACAGCGACGACAUCCGCACGGCUCCGGUGAUCGUGUGUGGCGACUUCAACUCGGUGCGCGACCUGGCGGUGUACCAGCUCUUCAGUACCGGCGGCGUCACCAAGCACGAGGACUUGGACGGGCGGGACUACGGCAAGUUCACCGAGGAAGGGUUCCGCCAUCCGUUCAAGCUCAAGCUGGCCUAUGGGUGCAUUGGCGAGUUGCCGUUUACCAAUUUCAGUCCCGGUUUCACCGAUGUCAUCGACUACAUCUGGUACCUGACCCCCACCCUCCAAGUGGAAGGACUCUUGGGCAAAGUCGACGAGGACUACGUGCUGCGGUGCAUAGGCUUCCCCAACAGCGACUUCCCCUCCGAUCACAUCCCGUUGGUGGCCAAGUUCAAGCUCAAGCGGCCGUCGUCGCAGAAGCGGCCCGACUUCAAACCAGACUUCAAAAGUCUGCGCAAGACCUGA